ACCCAGCAGGGGGAGGCGAAGUAGAAAAGAGCACAGACUUCUUCAGUGAGAACGAAACGAGAGGGGGCGUCAGUGCGAACAAAGUAAUUCUAGGGAGAGGAGUUAGAUGACAUUCGGAAAUUGAACGGAAGUAAAACACUCUGGGUUUGUAUCUUCGUGGUUUUCCGACGUAGACGAUACACCCAAACUUAAAUUACAGCCUCAAAUCAAGUCGUGGAUGUGGGGUGCAUAUUUCACCCUGGGAUUUAGCUACACGAGAAACGUUCCUGACGUCAAAUUUUCUCUCCUCUCUUUAUUUUGUGUCAGGUGGCUGAACUGUGGAAGCUACAGAGGACAAUAUCGAUUCCACAGGAUUUGAAACAUUUGUUCUAUACUUUAUACAAAAGUACGAAGAUGUCUGGACAAAGCAUUACGGAUAGGAUAACUGCAGCUCAACACAGUGUAACCGGCUCCGCGGUGUCCAAAACUGUGUGCAAGGCGACCACACAUGAAAUUAUGGGACCAAAAAAGAAACAUUUAGAUUACUUGAUCCACUGCACCAAUGAGAUGAACGUGAACAUCCCCCAGCUGGCAGACACCUUGUUUGAAAGGACUGCCAGCACCAGCUGGGUGGUGGUCUUCAAGUCUCUCACCGCCACACACCACCUCAUGGUCUACGGCAACGAGAGAUUUAUACAGUACCUGGCUUCAAGGAAUACACUUUUUAACCUCAGUAACUUUUUGGACAAAAGUGGCCUACAAGGCUAUGACAUGUCGACGUUCAUAAGGAGGUAUAGUCGCUACCUGAACGAGAAGGCUGUAUCGUAUCGACAGGUCGCUUUUGACUUCACCAAAGUAAAACGAGGGGCGGAUGGCGUUAUGAGAACCAUGAACACAGAGAAGUUACUGAAGACCCUACCCAUUAUCCAAAACCAGAUGGAUGCACUACUUGAUUUCAAUGUCAAUGCCAAUGAGCUCACCAACGGAGUGAUAAACGCGGCCUUCAUGCUUCUGUUCAAAGAUGCCAUUCGACUGUUUGCGGCCUACAACGAAGGCAUUAUUAACCUGUUGGAGAAGUAUUUUGACAUGAAGAAAACUCAAUGCAAAGAGGGCCUUGACAUCUACAAGAAAUUCCUCACUAGAAUGACAAGAAUCUCUGAAUUCCUUAAAGUAGCGGCGCAAGUAGGGAUAGAUCGAGGGGACAUCCCAGACCUCUCCCAGAUUACAGUUUGUGCCCCCAGUAGCCUCUUGGAUGCCUUAGAGCAGCAUUUGGCUUCUUUAGAAGGGAAGAAGGUGAAAGAUUCCACAGCAGCCAGCAGGGCUAGCACUCUCUCCAACGCUGUCUCUUCUCUGGCCAACACGGGCAUAUCUUUCACCAAAGUGGACGAGAGGGAAAAGCAGGCAGCUCUGGAGGAAGAGCAGGCUCGCCUAAAAGCGCUGAAGCGUCUGAAGGAACUCCAGAACGGUCAUUCUUCCUAUGCCACCACGGUUGCCUCCCCUGUGUCCACUGACGGGCGGACCAUCAACACAGCACCGGCCAUCGACCUUUUCUCCACACCCAGCUCCACAAACAGCACUUCCAAGGCGGCGAGUGACCUUCUGGACUUGCAGCCUGCAUUUCAGCAGCAGGCACUGCUACUCUCCACUGGCCUACCAACAGCCAACACAUGGGGAGAUCAUUACAAUCCCUUUAUUGUUUCGAGCUCUUCCAUUGCAUCUGAUCUUGAGCACACAGUGCGGAUAGAGCAGUUUGUCUCAGACUCUUUCUGUGGGCCAGCAUCAUACCCUACCACUCCUCUCUUCCAGUCUGAGCCCUCUGCUGUAGCUGGUCUAUUUGGAGGAUUCUCAGUGUCUUCCACCACGCAGCCCCAGACCGCCAGAGGCCUUAACGUCAACUUUGACUCUGUGUUUGGCAAUAACUCAGCCUCCGCCAACAAUGUUGACUCUGCUGGUGGUGUCCUCAAACCCACAGUGGCCUCCUCGCCCAGCCAGGGGCUAAUCCCAAACGGGCAGCAGCUUGGGAAACUGGUGUCGGAUGACCUGGACUCGUCCUUGGCCAACCUUGUGGGCAAUUUGGGAAUUGGCAAUGGUGUGGCAAAAAAUGAUAUUCAUUGGAGUCAGCCUGGUGAGAAGAAGUUGACAGGUGGAUACAAUUGGCAACCAAAGAGUGCUCCCUCUACCACAUGGAACCCUGCCACUAUGAACGGCAUGCAUUUCCCACAAUACGCACCAUCUGUCAUGGCCUUCCCUGCAACGACGCCGACGGGAAUGAUGGCAUAUGGAAUGCCUCCCCAGAUGGGUUCCAUGGCCAUGAUAAACCAACCCACCAUGAUGUACAGCCAACCGGUUGUGAGGCCGGCCAACCCCUUUGGCCCGGCCCCAGGAGCACAGUCCUCGGCAGCUUCUAGUCCCUCCAGUCAGAGUCCUCUCAGAGCACCAGGAAAGGACCCUUUUGCCCAGCUCUCUCUCAAGGAUUUCUUGUAGAACAUCUUUAGAUGCAGUUCAUGUAACCUGAAAGGGAGGCUUUUGUCCUCUGAAGGCAAACCAAGAAGCAGCUAAACUUUCACUUUCAAGUAAAAUUCUGUUUUUACUCAUCGUUGAGAAUAUCAGCCCAAAUAAGAAAGGACUUGAAGGAAUCAAGGGGAGGAAGCCAUGUCCAAGACGUGUCAAGUAUACAUAGGACAAGGAUCCCAUUUUGUAAUUUGUCUUAUGAGAAAGUAUGUGACCCCUCUACAGGGAUCACUCAUCCCAUUUGUCUUCUGUAAAAGAUAAACAUGGGUGUGGAAAGGGAGAUAAUUUGACUUUGCUGUUAUGUAUAAAAAUAGUGGGUUAUCACACACAGCUUGAUGUUCUUGGGGUGAGGACGUGGGUUCAAGUGGGACGAGUGGAAGAAUUGCUUGAUCUGAUCAUCAAUCGUGCAUUAUCUAAUUUAACCAUCACUGAUUAGUAACGCUAACCUCUGUUUUAUACCAUGAUUUCAAUAUUUUUUUCUUUCAAAAAAGUUAUUACAUUUGCAGUAGACAUUCCUUGUGUAUUGUUAGUAUUUAUUUAUAAUUACCCAUGGAGGAAAUGGGGUGUGUGGGGGGGGGGGGGAUAAAAAUAAUGUCAUUGAACUCUUCCUUGUGGGAGGUAUUCAGGUUUAUACAUGGUUAUGAUUGAUUGUAUGAUUGGAGUUUGAGAGUGAGAGUAAAAAAUAGUUAAUAUAAAGAUGAAAAAAUGUAACUCACUGUCAACAGACAGUUUAGCUCUAAUCACUGAACUGGCAUAAUGUCAAGCACAGUUCUUUGUGGCUCAAAGUUACAACCCUCCAUGUGUAAGGGGUGAUAUGGACGUCAAACAAGGGUAUUCAUUCAAUACAGUCAAUUCUGUGAGCUAGGGUAUUUUUUCUUUUUUUGCAAGGGAACAUUUUCACGCACUAGCAAAGCACUACAUUUGUGAUUCGGCGGCAUUGAGAUGGAUCCGCAUUUCUGCUUUACGCUUGGCAUGUUGUUUAUUUUACAUGGCUGCCUUUCCAACCUGAAUGUGCAGUGUGUCCUUCAGGCUCGGGGCCAUCUUUACAUAGACCGGCACUGGGAUUGGGGGAAAGAGGGAGGUGAUCUUCACAGGAGGCAGGGGGAAAAGUCGUGAUUGUGUCACUGGAAGGUCAGUUCUGUGUAAGUGGCAGACCUGGGUUCAGCUACUAUUGGACAUCUUUUAAAUACUUUGUUUGCUUUAGCCUGUCUAGAGUGCCAGAUAUGCUGUGUUAGCAGUUUUGGGACGAUUCAAUUGGUCCAUUAAGCCAGACGAGCUCAAUCAAGCACAGAAAGUGUGAAAUUAGUAUUUGAUCCCAUGUCUGGUAAGUGGGCAGAAGGGUCCAGUUAAGCAGGGAGAAAUGGAACACUGUUGAUCGGUGCUUUGUGUGUGUGUGUGUAUAUAGAAGAGAGCCUAUCCCAUGAUGGAAAGGAUAUGUGCAGGAUGGUCAGAACCUGAAGGUUAUUCUAUUCAUCAAAUAUUUACUGCAUUGUCCCUGCAGAGUAUAUUUUUGUUUAUAUUAAAUAUAAAAAAAUUGUUGUAUGCAGACUUUUGGUUGAUUUUCCAAUAAAGUGCAGUUUCCAGUGGGUUUUAUUUUAAUUCUUUCUUUUUUUUUCUCCACAUAGUAUUUUGCCCCAGUUUCUUGAGUUUGUGUGGGUGUAUGUGAAUGGAUGAUGAAUAAUAAUUCAUUGUAAUCCACUGUAUUACAUACAGGUCAUGACACGAGUGGCCAAAUGAGGUAGAUGGGUUUUAUAUGAGGGAGACUAAUAAAUUGCUCUAAUUCCCCCCAGGUUAUAACCAGGGCAGAUUUAACCCUGUGAAGCAUCAUGUGGCAUAUUUGUUUAAGAAAGCAUUCCCGGAUCCUUGCUUUGUAGUUUCAUUGCAUGUUUAAUGGGAAUACAUGUCUCUGAUGCCAACAUGAGGCCAAUGCUAGAUUUACAAAAGUGUGUGUGUGUAUCCAUGCUUUGGCCUGGCUACUUGAACCUCUUGUGGAUGAUAGGUAGCUGGCAGGUAGCCGGUAGCGGAAGGUAGCCUGGGCCAGUAACUGAAAGGUUGCUAGAUCGAAUCCCUGAGCUGACAAGGUCAAAUCUGUUGUUCUGCCCCUGAACAAGGCAGUUAACCCACUGUUCCUAGGCCGUCAUUGUAAAUAAGAAUUUGUUCUUAACUGACUUGCCUAGUUAAAUAAAGGUUCAUAAAUAAAUUAAAUGAUGUGGGCAGUUGGGGGCUAGUUCUCAGGAGCCUGGAGCAUCCCUGGGGCUGAGAAGGAGCUUUCGGAGCCGGGGUCUUGGAUAGGGAAGGGCCCACCACACUCGGCUUCUGCUCCAGAGGUCCCAGGUGCAUGUAUCCCUGCUGGACAGCACCAAGUGGGGAGGGAGAAAGAAGGGGAGAAGUAGUCCCAUAUAAGAGAUGCAUCCUGUUUGGCCUGAGAUUUCCCAUCGCAACAAGGAAAGACAUUGUUACUCUCAGAUUGCUACUCUUUCCCGAUUGUGUCCACUGCCAAAUGGAAGUGGCACAGAGGCAAUCCCUAAGGCUCUCCCUCCACCCGUCCCUCCCUUCACUCUCCAUAGCCUCUGUGCCUUGGACUUUUUAUGGGGGGGAGGAUUCAAUAAAGAGCUGAAUGUCUGAUUCAAUACCUUCUGAGUCUAAAAUGAAUGGCAUAUUUGUUAAAGGAUAGCCAAGUUCUAUGUCACAUUCAUGACUUUGUUUUAGCACCAUACUGAAAUCAUGUUCUCGUCAAUACUGUGGUAAAAUGAAAUUCCCAAAUGAAGUGUUAUCACAAGUGAAUCAGGAGUGAUUUUUAACCAUUAUUUAACUAGGCAAGUCAGUUAAGAACAAAUUCUUAUUUACAAUGACGGCCUACCCUGACCAAACCCUCAUGAAGCUGGGCCAAUUGUGCGCCGCCCUAUGGGACUCCCGAUCACGACCGGUUGUGAUACAGCUUGGGAUUAAACCCAGGUCUGUAGUGAUGCCUCGAGCACCGCGAUGCAGUGCCUUAGACCGCUGCUUCACUCGGUCCCCCAACCCAAUUUAGCAGCACGCAUAAGGAACACCCAACCCAAACAACAAAGUAAUCUUUAGCUUGUGCUGCCCCUCAGCUGAGGCUGACCUAUAUAUCCAUAGACAGAUGACACUGGAGGCUGCCAGCACAGCUUUAUAUUUCUAUUGGACUUUGGCUACUAAGAAAAUGGAGGAAAAGCAAGUAGAGGAAACCAUAUGAUUAUUGAGAUACGCCCAUAGUCUAGACAUCAAUUAUAAUUUGACUCCAGUUGAUGUGUUGAACACAAGAAUGGCCCGAGGAGGACCUAAUGGGGUCUUGCCUGCAGGUGGGUCUGGCUGCCGUAGAGUAGCACACUGAGGUCCUCUGUUGGCCCGUGGGAUGCCUCGCUGCAGCUGCCGCUCCUUUCAUCCCUCUCCAGCUCUUUGGCCUGCUUCUGAGACCGCUAUGCUUCCGUUGCUGGGUGGAAGGGAGAUACGGGGCUGUUGCUUACCCUGUCUGGUGGGAACCAUGAAAAUCAUUAGAAAUGGGGAGGAGGGAGGGGGUUCAAAUUACAUUAAUUAUUGACUGAAAAAAAAGCCCGUACAGUACCCAACAUGGAGAAAAAAAUGUUUAGAGUUUCGGUGUCGAAAAUAAUUAGAAGCUCAGUAAAUGAAAGCACAAUUUUCCAAGAGAGGAACGUACUGGUGGUAGCCAUUGUUGGUUUAAGUUUUUAUCUUGAGUUUAGCUGAGAGGUCAUGCUGUCUCCGAGGGAAAUGAGUGUUGCCAAAUAGUCUUGGGAAGGGUGGUGUGACUCAGUGGCUUCCCGUUCCCACACUGGUGCCCACUUAUGGUCAGAUUGGUUAGUAAAACAAUCAUAGGACAAUUGUCGUCGUCAUUUUUUUUUACGUUUAAUCGUGGAUCAAAAAUUAUCAGGUAUAUUUCUGUUUGCCCAUCCGCUAUGCUUCCCAUUUCAAAUGUGAAAUUGUGCAUUGAUCAUUAUCAAUAUUCAUAUUAUUUUUUCAGACGAUUGUGAUCAUUUAAAUUUGUAUCAUCUGGGCACUACUCCACAGAUGAAGUUGCAAUAUCAGAUGAUAAAGAAACUUGUAAGUGUAUUUCAGAAAGGCUAACAUAUUUAUAUUUAUGCUAUAUGCUUGUCAAGACAGUGGCAGCAACUGUUGCACAGACAAACUCCAAAAGUCACAAGGAGUCACUACUCUGUCCCUCUUGUGCUCUUCCCUUCUUCGAGUCAAGGAGCAACACUACUGGCAUCAUUGGACAAAUGUCAUCACUUAUAGCAACAACAAAAAAAUAUUGUAUAAUUUCAAUUGGAAAGACAUCCUAAAUCGAGCCGAGAGUGAUCAUUGCAGUGCCAUCCCAGCAUUGGUUCGCCUGCUAAACAGUUAAAGAUAGCUUUGUUUUGUAUAUUAACUGUGUUUUGUUAACUUGUAAUAAUUCAUAUUUAAUUAUUUCAUUGUAACUGGUACUUUUAGUUCAGAUUUUUGUUGCCAUUUGUACAAGGAUUUGUCAAAUAAUAAUAAAAUAUAAAAAACAUUGUCAUCCCCUGA